CGCUGCCUCGUCCAACUCCCAUUCCAUCUCCUCUUCCAUCCAGCUCUAGAUCCUCGGUCCGCCGCAUACCCAACAUGUGGCGCAACGCCAUCACAACCUUUUCCACAUGCUUUCUGCUCGGCACGACCUUCACGCACUGGAUCGCAGACCACAACGUGCUCUGGCGCAGCCCGCUAACGCCCGCCGCGCUCGAGCAGAGCAUCCGCUACUAUGCGCUUGUGGGGAGCGGCGCGCCGGCCCUCGGAUGGGUGUACCUCGGCAUCGGGCUGGCGUCGUCGUUGGCCGCGCUCACAAAGCUUGUGACUGGGUGGCGGGGACAGAGCGGCGAGGUGUUGUUUGACGGGGCGAGCUUGCUCCUCAUCGUCAGCGUCGCGUACAACCAAGCCACCGAAGUGUUCCCCACCCUCCUUGCGAUACCCUCACCCCUCCCACUCAACCUGACCGAGCACGAGAUGUUCGGCCCGCUCGCCACGGCGGUGCGCGAUCUCGCCAACGACAACAUUAUCACCGCCGUCAUGCUCACCGGCGUCAUGUUCCUCCAGGCGGGACGGUACUACGCUUCGCGUGGAGAAGCGGAGGGUGACGGGCCCGAGAUGAUGCCCGACUCGACGCUGACGUCGGGCGCGUCCUCGUCCGUCCCCUCUCCCGCAACGACCCCCAAGCCGCUCUCGGAGCGGCACGCCACGCCGUUCCGCGAGCUGACUGAAGCCGAGGCGAUGGAAAUCGCGUCCCUCGACGGCGCGAAGCACGCGCACGCGCGCCGCGCCGCACCCCGGCGCAAGUAAGGAGAAGUGGCAAGUGCGGUCAACCCGCAACCAUAGACUAGCUCUAUUGCGAUGCAUAAUUCCUCGGUAG